AUGUAUUGUGAAGCUGGAGAGCGAAAAGAGCUGAUGAGCGAGAACGACGACAAGAAUGCUGUCAAAGACAAAGUCAGAUCAGAGAAAGCUCAGACGGAGCUGUCAGAUGCCGAGAGGUCAAAAGCUCAAAGUGAAACUUCAAAGUCCGAAGGAAAGCGAGCUCAACAGGAUGUCACGCCGAGCUUGUCAGCUGCCACAUCUCGAGAGAAAGACCCAGCUAGUGAAGCAGAGGCAGCGCUCGCAUCGUCCCUGAUGCGAUCGAGACAGCUGGAACAAGAUCUGGAGGUUCAGACAAGACUCAGAAACGUCGCAGAGAAGCGAUGGAAGGAUGCAGAAUCCUUGAUCGACCUUCUUCGGAGAGGUGAGGACGAGGACGAGGACGAGGACGAGGACGAGGACGAGGACGAGGACGAGGACGAGGGACGGAGGGGGGAAGAGAGGGGGAGAGGGAGGAAACGGGGACGGGUAGAGAUGUAG